GAAGAGAGUGCGAAAACCAAGAACAAAUGCGCAUGCUUUUCCGGUUGAUGCUUAUAACUGUCGUUUCUAUUUUUAUCUUGCAAACAGUUUCUUUUGCAGCUGAUAGUAUAAGUCCGUUCCUCAAUAUCAGCGAUGGCAGAACCUUAGUUUCUGAAGAAGGAAUCUUUGAGUUGGGUUUCUUCAGUCCCGGCACUUCCACAAAUCGUUACUUGGGAAUUUGGUACAAGAAAAUCCCAGUUCGAACUGUCAUUUGGGUUGCAAACAGAUGCAGCCCAAUUCAUGAUUUCUCAGGCUUGUUGACUAUAAACAGCACAGGCAAUCUUGCGGUUCUGAAUCAGAACAAGAGUGUUGUGGUUUGGUCUACAAACUUAUCCAAACAAGCUAAGAAACCGAUAGUACAGCUCCUGGAUUCUGGGAAUCUUGUACUAAGAGAUGAGGAAGAUAAAAACUCGGAGAGUUAUUUGUGGCAAAGUUUUGAUUAUCCUGCGGAUACAUUGCUACCCGGGAUGAAACUUGGAUGGGACAUCAGGAGAGGUCUUAACAGGCGAUUGUCAGCAUGGAAGAACUGGGAUGACCCUUGUCCUGGAGAUUUGAGUUUUGGGUUUGAUGUCGGACUUGGCAUUUACUCUGAAGUGUAUUUACGUAAGGGCGUGACAACAAUCUACCGUACAGGACCAUGGAAUGGCAUUGGUUUUAGUAGUUCACAAGAAGAAAUGACUAAUCGACUUUAUGAUAGACACUUUGUUUACAAUAGCAACGAGUUCUAUUACAUGUACAACCUCAAGAACAACUCUGUUAUCUCAAUAGUAGUCCUGAAUCAAACAAAUAGCGUAAAUCAACGGCUUACAUGGAGUGCAGGAGACCAGAGUUGGCGGUCAUAUGUUUCAGCCCCUAAAGCUGAUUGUGAUUACUAUGGUUACUGCGGAGCCAAUGGGAACUGCAUAAUAAGUGAGACUGCAGUGUGCAAAUGUUUGAAAGGAUUUAAGCCUAAGUCCCAACAAAAAUGGGAUUUAAGGGACUGGUCUGACGGAUGUAUCCGCAAAAAUCCGCUGAAUUGCCACAACAAGAAAGAUAAAGAUGCGGAUGGCUUUGUGAAACUUGAUAGCAUAAAAAUGCCAGAUAGUAGAAAUACUUGGUUCAACGACAGUAUGAAUCUAAAGGAAUGCAGGGUCAAAUGCUUGAGCAACUGUUCUUGUGCGGCUUAUUCAAACCUCGAUAUCAGAGGACAUGGAAAGGGCUGUUGUAUUUGGUUCGACGGUCUUAUGGACAUUAGUCAAAUCGCUGGAAGUGAACAAGAGCUAUAUAUACGAAUACCCGCUUCAGAACUAGGACAAGCAAAAAUCACCCGUAAGUUGAGGGCAAUAAUAGUCCUAGCAGUUCUUGGAGCACUUUCUGGGUUGCUCUUAGUUGGCUAUUACUUUUGCAAGAAGACAAUGAGAGAGAAAACAGGGAAAAAUUAUAGAGCAACACCGGAAAACAGAGCAAAUGAAGAAGAGUUUGACCUCCCAUUAUUUGACAUGGCUACAUUAAGUGCUGCUACUGAUAAUUUUUCAGUUGACAAUAAGCUCGGAGAAGGCGGUUUUGGACCUGUAUACAGAGGUACUCUAGAAGAUGGACAAGAGAUUGCUGUGAAGAGGCUUUCAUUGAGUUCUCGGCAAGGGACAAAUGAGUUUAAAAAUGAAGUUAUACUAAUUGCUAAGCUUCAACAUCGGAAUCUUGUAAAGCUUCUUGGUUGCUGCAUUCAAGAAGAGGAGAAGUUGUUGGUUUAUGAAUACAUGCCCAACAAAAGCCUGGAAUCUUUUAUUGUUGGUAAUCAAGUGCAAAGUAAACUAUUAGAAUGGAAGAAGCGUUUUGAAAUUAUAUGCGGCAUUGCUCGGGGGCUUCAAUAUCUCCACCAAGAUUCCAGAUUGAGGAUUGUACAUAGAGAUCUCAAACUUAGUAAUAUACUACUUGAUAACGAGAGGAAUCCCAAAAUUUCUGACUUUGGUAUGGCAAAAAGUUUUGGAGGAGAUCAAAUAGAAGGAAACACAAACAGAGUAGUAGGCACUUAUGGCUAUAUGGCACCGGAAUAUGCUUUUAGCGGUCUAUUCUCGAUAAAAUCUGACGUUUUUAGCUUUGGUGUAAUGGUGUUGGAGAUUGUAAGUGGGAAAAGGAGUAUAAGCUUUCACCAUGAGAACAAAGAGGGGCAUACGUUUAUUGGACAUGCAUGGACAUUGCUAAAAGAAGGAAGGCCAUUUGAGCUCAUUGAUGCACACUUAAUGGAUUCAUAUGAUAAUCUGUGGGAAGUGUCGCGUUGCAUACAUGUUGGUCUCUUGUGUGUGCAACAACGCCCUGUAGAUCGUCCCAACAUGUCAUCUGUUAUUAUCAUGUUAGGCAGUGAUAAUGAUCUACCUCAACCAAAUCCCCCUGGCUAUUUCAUGGAUUCAAAUUCACAAGAAAGAUAUCAUUCCUCCAUUAAGCCAGAGUCACUUUCCGAAAACACUAUGACCAUAACAGCGUUCGUGGGUCGAUAAGGCCUAUUGUGUAACAUGCUUUGCAUGACAAUAUCUGAUCGAUAAACAUCAAAGAAAAUAAUGGGGCUAGUGAUCAAGGGGAUAAGUGUUUUGUUAAAAAAGUGUUGUGCAGCAGAAUCUGUUGCUAAUAGUUAAUUAAAAGCAUAGCUAGUGGUUUGUUUAAGUCACUUGUCA